AUGAUUAUUCCCAUUCGCUGCUUCUCCUGUGGAAAGGUCACUGGCGACCUCUGGGAACGUUAUCUGCAGCUGAUCUCAGAUCCCCGAAAGACUGAUGGAGAUGCCAUGGAUGAGCUCGGCCUUAAGCGCUACUGCUGCCGCCGUAUGAUCAUGACCCACGUUGAUCUUGUCGAGAAGCUCCUCAAGUAUACUCCGGACGGCCGAAGCGAGAAGAAACAGAGCCUGAACGACAUCCAGUAA